GAACUUCUAGAAAACCAUGUGUACGCUUUUUUCAUAACAAAAGUGUUUGACUUUGAUGGCGGACGGACGUAUUCUUUAUGGAAUCAAGCAAAAAUGUUAUUCAUUUAAUUGCCGGAGGCACGGCUGGGACCACAGGAGCAGUGUUAACAUGUCCACUGGAAGUAGUAAAGACUAGGCUACAAUCUUCUGUGUCCUCAUCUUUUAUCCAUGUGAAUGUGCGCUCAGCGUUGCGCAUGCUGCCAUCACAGCAAGUGGUCACCAUUAGUACUUGUUCACAUAACUGCCAAGUGAAUGACAAUGUUUUGGAUAACAAAAAGUACAGGUUGAGCCAGUCGCAGCUUGUUAACUGUCUCAGACACAUUCUCAAAACAGAAGGAGUUAAAGGAUUGUUUAAAGGACUUGGUCCAACUUUAGUUGGAGUAGCUCCGUCUAGAGCCAUCUAUUUCGGUGCCUAUGCCAAGAGCAAGCAAGUGUUAAACAAUGUUAUCACACCUGACACACACUUCGUCCACCUGUGCUCAGCAGUGGCUGCAGGUAUGUCAGCAGCCACCUGUACCAACCCUAUCUGGUUUGUCAAAACUCGGCUUCAGCUAGACCAAAAAGUGGAGGGCAAGCUGACAUGCAGAGAGUGCAUCAAGAGGAUCUACAAACAGAAUGGCAUUCGUGGGUUUUACAAGGGCAUUAGCGCUUCUUACUUUGGUGUUAGUGAGACUGUCAUACACUUGGUCAUCUACGAGACCAUCAAGGCCCAUUUACAGCAGAAAACUAACCAUGAUAGGAUUGAGCCUGUGGACGGGGAGAUGGCCACAAAUCUUUCAGCCAAUGAGAAGGAAUCAUUCCUUACAUCGGAUUAUUUGAAGUACAUGCUGGCUGGUGCUUGCUCAAAGACAUGUGCCACUACGUUGUGCUAUCCUCAUGAAGUUGCAAGAACAAGAUUGAGAGAGGAAGGAUCUCGCUAUGUUUCCUUUUUUCAAACCCUAUUCCUGGUCUUCAAGGAAGAGGGGCGGGCUGGGAUUUACAGAGGACUGGGCACCCAGCUGAUCAGACAGAUUCCAAAUACAGCUGUCGUCAUGGCAACGUAUGAAGCAGUGGUUCAUGCUCUGAUGCCAGUGAAUGGUUAAUUCAUUAAGACUAUGGUUUCGUUAUUGGCUGGGAUGUCCGAUCUAAUACCUUCUUCCAGAGAAUAAAUUCCAGAGUUUCACUAGCCAUGAAUGGAAUCAACUGAGCUACAGCAUCCACUUCAGUUUCCAGUUUUUUUGUUGUUAAAUCUGCCAAGGCGGAGUUUGUUUUGAAGUUGCUAGAACCCCCACCUUAGAUGAGGAUGGGUGUUAACUGAGCUCAUUUACAGUGCCAGUAUUAUAGAAAGUCUGGAUGCAUUCUUAGUGUUGGUAGUGACUGGUUUUAAACUGCCGCAGAGGCAACUUAGGUUUCCAGAAAGUAAACUGCUUCAUUGUACUAUGUCCAGGUUUAAAAUUAGAAUUCACUUUUUUUGUUCUUGUACACUUAUUUUGGCAGUUACAUUGCAUCAAAAUAUUUGCAUACAAUGUUUACAAAAUUUGAGUCAUUUUGAAAAUUUAAAAUUGUUGAAGCCUUGUCCACCAUUUUGGAAACCUAGACCAAUGUGGCCUUUCAUUAAAUCAUUCAGUCAACUACACAUUUUCUCAGGGCCUUUUGUCUGAGUGCAUAGAAUAAUGUCCCAUAAAAACUGCUCCUGCAGUGUGCCUGUUAGACUGGGUAUUCUAUCAGUUCCACUUGCUCAACUGAGGUUUUCUCCCUUUGCAUAGAGUUGCAGCCCUUCACAUGGAAUACUAACACAAUAUGAAUUUUAAAAUAUUUACAAAAGAUACACUAAAUCUUAAUUUUCUUAUUUCAAUAUCUUUAAUAUCAGGCUUAUUUUUCAGUUCUGUUCUAUCUUCUUAUUGUAUUUUUAAAUUUAAUUCAAACCAGAUGCAAUAGCUGAAAACUAACAUUGUGUUGUGCAUUGUUAAUUAUGGAAGGGCUGGAGAGUCAAAGUAUGACUGGUAAUGUCUGUAUGAUAUUGCGUGUACAAAAAGAAAUGAUAUUAGCUGUUUUGAUGUACACAUUUGUGUGAAUUUUUGUACUAUUUAAUUGCAAGUUUGGGCAAGAAAUGUCAGGAGUAAAGAUUUUCUUUAAUACAUAUUUAAUUUAAUAUGUUGGUGGCCAAAGCUUUUACAAGUGUUAAUUAGCAUUUAUUUCCUGAAGCAAAAUUCAAAACCUGCUUAUAACCAUACUUUUCUAGCUUUACAUAAAUUCAAUUGUCUUUUUAAUUAACAAUGCUUUAGCGUAAACCUACAAUUCUCAAGAUUUUGUAAAGACUUCAUAUUUCUCAGAAUUUUUCAAAGCAUUAGGUUUUUAACAGGACUCUAAAAUUGUCUUGCUUUACAGUGCCUUUUAUUGUUUUUGCUAAUUUUUUUUUGCAUGUUUUAAUUAACACUAAUUCUUGAUGUACAGUUUUAAUACUUUAAACUUUAAGUUUUGUUUACUAUGUUCAAUUCAGGUGUUUAACCAAACUAGUCAAUAGUAAAAAAUUGAAUUUAAUCUUUAUCAACACCAUUAUUUCCUAAAUGGGAUAGCCGCUUUUAGGUUGUGACAUGCAUGUAACCAAUUUAUAUUUGAAGUGAAGUCAGCUUAUCAGUUUAAGUGUAGUUUUAAAUUAUCUGAAGAAAAGUAAUACG